AUGGAGAAGCUGAUGAAUUUAUUCGAAUUUUAUCCAUCUUUGUUAGCAUUAAUAGUGAUUUACUUUAUGUGGUUGCUCGCCGUUAAUUUUUUCUCAUAUAGAAAAACCAAGAAUUUCCCGCCGUCACCGCCAAGGCUCCCGAUCAUCGGAAAUCUUCAUCUAAUCGGCGAUUUGCCUCACCGCUCACUUGCAUCCUUGUCAAAGAAAUACGGUCCGCUCAUGACUGUUCAUCUCGGAACUAAGCCCGUGGUGGUGAUUUCGUCGGCUGAAGUGGCGAAAGAGGCCACCAAAAUCCACGACGUUUCCUUUUCGGGCAAGCCAUUGCUACUCGCCACAAAACAGCUUUUCUACGGCCGGAAGGGGCUAAUCUUUUCGCCGUAUGGCGAGCAGUGGAGAAAGUUGAGAAGCAUCUAUGUCAAUAGGCUUCUGCAUAAAAGAAUGAUCAAGUCCUUUAAAUCGAUCCGUGAUGAAGAAACCGCGGUCGUGGUUGAAAGCCUUGAAGAGUUGAGUUCGACUUCUCAGUCCGUGGAUUUGAACGUGAUGUUUAAAUCGCUGGCGAACGACAUCAUAUGUAAUGCGGCGUUUGGGAUGAAGUUCAGGAAAGGAGAGUUCGGGAAGAAGAUCUUGCAUGUUAUCGAGGAAACCGUGAGGUUGCUAUUUACGUUUACUAUCGGGGAAUUUAUUCCGUGGCUUGCUUGGACGAACUGGUUUAACGGAUUUGAUGCAGCCAUAGACAAGGUUGUUGUAACCAAGGAUGAGCUUCUUGAUUCAGGGAUUCAAGAUUAUGUCGAAACUUCGACACUAGGUAACAACUUUGCCGAUAUAAUAUUCGCCGGGUUGUACUCGGGAAACACUCCCGGCAUGUCAGUUGAUCGCGACAUGCUCAAAGCAACUAUUCAGGAUGUUCUUGGAGCCGGAACAGAUACUACGUCGACUGCGCUCGGGUGGGCAAUGACGGAGCUCUUACGACACCCUGGAAUCCUGAAAAAAUUGUGCGAUGAAAUAACAGAGGUUAUGAAACAAAAACAGAAUAUUACCGACGAGGAGUUGGAUCAAAUGCAUUACACGAAAGCCGUGGUCAAGGAAACGAUGCGCUUACACAGCCCUGUCCCAAUUGGGCUUCGCGAGACGACUGAAGACGUGCAUAUGAUGGGAUACGACAUUCCUUCAGGUACAAUGGUCAUGUUCAACUUGUGGGCUAUUUGUCGUGAUCCUGAGUGCUGGGACGAGCCGGAAAAGUUUAUACCGGAGAGAUUCUUGAAUUCUACUAUAGAAUACAACGGCUCGGAUUUUCAGUUCAUUCCAUUUGGCGCCGGCCGGAGGAUCUGUCCGGGGAUAUACUUUGCAACAUCAUCUGUGGAACAUGUCUUGGCUAAUCUGAUCUACAAAUUCGACUGGGAAUUGGCGAACGGAUGUAGAGGUGAAGAUUUGGAUUUGAUCGAAAAACCUGGUCUUGCAGUUGGGAGGAAAAAUCCACUUGUUGUAGUUCCAAAAAAACCAAAGAAAAAAGAAAAACACACACUCGUAGCCGAAACGAGCCAAGAAAUCACCGAGGAUGUCUUGGACAAAAUGCCGUAUCUAAAAGCCAUGAUCAAAGAAACUCUACGGCUCCAUUCCCCGAUCCCGUUGCUCGUCGCGCGCCAAUCUACUAAAGAUACCAAAUUGAUGGGCCACGACAUCGCGGCCGGAACACGCGUGGUGAUCAAUGCAUCGGCCAUCGGCCGCGAUCCCUCAUUGUGGGAAAACCCUGAAGAGUUCAAACCGGAUAGGUUUUUGGACUUGACUAUCGACUUUAAGGGAUUUCAUUUCGAGCUCGUCCCAUUCGGCGCGGGCCGGAGGGGAUGCCCCAGUGUGGCGUUCGCCGUGACUAGAAAUGAGCUGGCGUUGGCCAAAUUGGUGAACGAGUUCGAUUUCUUGUUGCCGGAGAAAAGGGAAGUGACGGAUUUAGACAUGUGUGAAGCUCUUGGAAUCACUGUCCGAAGAAAGAAUCCACUUGUUGUUGUUGUUACUAAUUCACUUCACGCACAUGAUUUUUGACUUUAUACAAUCAUCAGUGCUAGAUGAAGUAAAUGAUUGUUACACCAGAAAGUUUAAGUUAU